AUGGCCUGCUAUACUUAUGAAAAUAUUGUUACUUCUAAGAUUUCACCGGAUAGAUUGUUUAAGGCAUUCUUCAUGGACGGUAUGCGCCUUAUGAAGGAGGUUGUGCCAGAUAAGAUUAAAGGCUGCCAAUUCAUCAAUGGAAGGGGUGAACCGGGAUCUGUAUAUCUACUACAUCUUAAUGAAGGUAAUCAUUCCAAGACAUUAAAGGUGAGGGUGGACUCUUUUGACAAGGAGAAUAUGAUACAUAAAGCAACGCUACUUGGAGGGGAAGGCUUUGCAGACCUUUACGAGUCCAUGUCGAGGGAGACAAAGAUAGAGGCAAAGCCAGACAAUGAAGGAUCUGUGGUUAAGAUCAUCACCACAUGCCACACCAAGCGUGAAGUAACAUCGGAAGAGAAACUUAAGCAGCAUGAAGUUGGCAUGAAGAGAGCUGUGGCGAUGGUCCAGGCUGUUGAGACUUAUCUCCUCCCUAACCCUGAUGAUCAUACAACCUGA